AUGUGGGAGGCGUACCCGUUUGCGCCCGACGAGGUGUGCGUCGCCAAGACGCCGCUCGGCUUCGUCGACUCGCUCUGGGAGAUGGUGGGGCCACUUGCAAAAGGCAUGCCGUUGCUUCUGUUGCCGUCGGACGCGGCGUCGCGCCCUCACGCGCUGCUGCCGGUGCUGCGCGAGUGGCGCGCCUCGCGCCUCGUCCUCGUGCCGUCGGCGCUUCGCAUGCUGCUGGACGCUUGCGAGGCGUGCGACGGUGGCACACCCUCCACGCCACCCGCGCCGCCGCCGCUGCCGCUGCCGAGCCCUUCUCGGAAUCUUCUGCCGAGCAUGCGUGUGCUGAGUGUGAGCGGCGACGCUCUGCCUUGGGCCCUCUGUGUGCGCGCCGCUGCGCUGCUGCCGCACGUGCGCCUGCUCAACCUGUACGGCUGUACGGAGACCUCCGCAGACGCCACCGCCUUCGACGUGACCGCCGCAAUGGCGCGUGGCAGCAGCGACGGAGGAGGGGGUGGAGGUGGCAUCGGCGUUGGCAUCUGUCCGCUCGGUGCUCCAAUUCGCGGAGCACACGAAUGCGCCGCGGGCGAGGUUGGCGAGAUCGGUGUGGGCGGCGAGGUGGUGGCGUUGGGGUACCUGCACCGGCCGCGCCUUGCCGCUGCCAAGUUCGCGCAGCUGCGUCUGCGUCCGAGCGGGCGCGCAACUGCGUCUGUUGCCGCUGCGUCAGGCGCACCUGCUGCCGCGGUGGCCGCCACGACAAGGCGGGUCUUUCGCACGGGUGACCUCGGCCGGUGGGGCUCGCGAGGCGAGCUGUGUUUUCUUGGCCGGGCCGACCGCCAGCUGCAGCUCCGCGGCGCGCGCCUCGAGCCGAGAGAGGUGGAGGCGGCGUAUGAGGGCUUCGCGCUCGCCACCGACGCCGCCGCUCACGCGCUGGCGGUGCCGCUACUCCUCUCCGAUGAUGCGACCGGCCGCGACGGCGGCGGCUUGCGCAUUGCCGACGGGCUCGCCUUCGUGCUCGUGGGCGCGAGCCGGCGCCUUUCGGCGCCGCUGCGGCGCUGGGGCGAGGCAAGGCUGCCGGCGUGGAUGGUGCCGUCGGCGUUUGUGGUGGUCGAUUCGCUGCCGUGCCUUCGUAGCGGGAAGCCUGACCGGCUGGGGCUUCAGCGGGUGGCUCCCCAGCUGGUGCGGCUGCUGCUCACGCAUGGUGCGCCAUACCCCGACGCGGCCAGUGCGGACGGCGGCGGCGGCAGCAGUGGCGAAGCCGUGGAGGACGGUCCGGUGAGGCUGCUGUCUGCUGAGAUGGGUCGUUUGCUUGGCGUCGCCGAUGGGCUGCCGGCGGCGUCUCGCUUCGUCGAGAGCGGAGGCAGCUCGGUCCUCGCGGCGCGCCUGAGCUUUGAGCUGCGCCGGCAGGGGUGGCACUUGCCACCCGAGGCACUGAUGCGACGCGAUGCGACGGUGGCGAGCGCGGCGAGUGCCAUGAGUCGCCUCGGCGGAGCUAGCGCAGCUGGCGGCGGCCAAGGCGAGGGAGCCAAGGCGGCACACGCAUCGGGGGAGGGCGAGGGCGAGGGCGGAGCCACGGCGGGGGCGCGGACACCGCUCGCCAGCCGGCUGCACGUGGCUGCCACGGGAAAGACGGGGGAGCGCGGGGAGAGCGCGGCAAACGAGCCGGCGCCGUACGAUGAGGCGACGCCGCCGCUGCUCGGCGGUGCGAUGGAGCUGCGGCCGCAGGCGGCAGGCGAGCCGCGCGCGGGGCGUGCCGACAUGGGCAAGUGCGUCGACGCAUCACCCGUGCUAGCGUGCCGCGUCAGCGGCGACCCCCAACGCCACAGCGUGACCGCCUUUGCUCUCGAUCUGUGCAGCGGCGCCGUUCUCUGGUCGGCGCAGCUGCCGGAUCGCAUUGAUCUCGUGCCCGAGAUCGAGGGGAGAUUGGUCGAGAUCUACCCCGUCGAGCCGGGCGUGGUCGUGGGAGUGCUUCCAGACUACCUCGGCCGCACGGCGGCGGUGGCGACGGACGGCGGUGGCUGGUGCUGGCUCUACGCCCACCUCGAGCUCGACGGCGCCGCCGGCGGCGAGGCGGAGUGCCUCGUGCUGAAACACGAGCAAGCCGUGCUCGCCCUCGCCCUCCUCGACGACGGCCGGCUCGCCACGGGCGCGGGCGACGGCAAGGUGACGCUAUGGACGCCGUCGGCUGGCGGGGCGGGCUUCACCGAGAGCGGCGGCUGCCGCGUCAGCACGCCCGUUCGUGGGCUGGCGCCGCUGCCCGGGGGCGGGUUCGGGCAGGUGGGCAAUGACGGCGUGCUGCGCAGCUUCUCCUCCGACGCCGUCGAGCAGCACGCGUCUGCGCCGUGUGGCGCAUAUCUCCUCUGCGUCGCAGCGCUCGGCCGCGGCUCGCACCAGCUCGCCACGGGCGGCGACGACGGCGUGGUGCGUCUGUGGGCCGCGCCGCCGCCGCCGUCGGCGCUGGCGUGCACCGUCUACUUUGGGUGUGUGGACGGGCUGCUGUACGCCGUUGCGCCCGAGGGGGCGCCGCUCUGGACGUUUGAUGCGGCAGGGCCCAUCUUUUCUGCGCCGUGCGCCUUCACCGCGUCGCUGGGCGCGGGGCUGGAGCGGCGGCUGCUCGUCACUUCGCAGAGCGGGCGUUUGCUCUGCGUCGAGGCGGUUCACGGCGCGCUGCGAUGGGAGCAGCCGGCUGAGGUGCACGGCCACUCGGCGCCCGCCGUCGACCGAGCGAGCGCGCAGCACGGCGUCGUCGCCGCUGAUGACGUGGCGGCGCGCGUCGCGGUCGUCGGUGGCGUCGACGGCCGCCUCCACGCCUUCGAUUGCGCGUCGGGUGCGCCCCUCGGCACCACGCAGCUGCCGGGCGCCGUCUUCUCCUCCGCCGCCCUCUGCACCGGCCGCGUCGUGUCGGCGGCGGUCGACGAGCGGCGCGUGGCGCGGCGCAUCAUGGCGAUGCGUGGCGCGGACCACCGGUAA